GAGGGGGAGUUUAGGUAUCCUGGAGGAAAUGCACACUUGGUUUUUCUCUUUGGUUUUGAGUAUAGUUUAAAGUUCUUCCUUAACUGGUAUGUGGUCUCUUUGCAUAAAAUUCUUAUGUGCAGGUCUUUUAAUUGUUUUCUUUUUCUUUUUGCAAUUCUGUAAAUUAAUCUUGGAAUAAAAUUCAAUCUGAUAAAACACUAAUCUUAGAUUAUUGGCAUUAAUAGCACAGUCUUCAAGAAGUGGAAUGAAACAAUUUUAUUAGAGCACUACUUAAAAACUAAUGUGAGCAGGUCUCAAGAAGUCUGUGGGUAUAGAUCCUACAGAGAAUGGUCAGACAGGUUUCAUGUAGAAGUGUUAGAGUACAUUAUUGCCUCUAGGAACUGCUGCUGUUUGUUGCUAUGGGUCGUAAUGAAGAUAACAACAUAUGGGACUUGACAUUCACGCCAUUUUUUGUCACCUGUUUGUUGCACGUGCUGUGCAGAUUUACAGUUGAAAUUUUGACUAAAUUUAUUCUCUACACAUUUCCCUUGAGGAGUAGGAGCAGUAUUACUGCUAGUAGUACACGUUUCAGUGUGCUGGUAAGCUGAAGUUUCAUUUCUUGGGUAAGUACACUUGGGUGCACUGUUAGGUGAAAUGUCUUUUUAAAAUGUUUUCCUGCUUUUAAAUGUCUUAUCAAAAUGAUGUUCUGCUUUUUAAGCCUUUUUAAAGUUUGCCUUGUUACAUGUAAUAUGAAUAACAAUAAAUAUUUCUGUGGUAUUGUUUUCUUGGUAAUAAUUUAUAGUAGCUUGUAUUAUAAAAUAUACGAACAUACUUUGGUAAUUAACAAUAAAUCAUGAUUAAGGUUUUAACAGCACUAGCUUUCCCCAAGAAGAGCUUCUGUCAUUGUUUCACUACAGGGCUUUAGUAGAUGCUUUUAUUUUUAGCAAAGAACUUGCAGCAGGGUUGCCCCUAAUUUCUGUAGUGUAAUUUUCUCAGUUUGUCUCAGCCAAACUGCUGAAUGAGAGAGAGUGGGAGGGGAAGGAGAAAAACAAACCAACUUGACUAGGCUGGGGGCUACCGCUGCAAUUGAUGCUCGAUUUGGGUUAUUUAAAAUUAUCUAUAGAUAUUUGCCCAUUUACAGGCAACCUUAUUCAUUUCUCUGAAUAAGGAACAAUUCCCUUUUGGUUCCACCAUUCGGCAUGAAAAAUAAGUCUUUACCAUCCCUCCUCCCUGUUUUUAAAAAUGGCAUGCCUCAUAGAUAUGCCUAUGCUGUCUCCUCAGAAGUAUCAGUGCUUUCUUGUAUUGUUACACCCUUUCAGUCACCUGAAGGUGAAAAGGGAGAUCAGGAAAAGCACUUGACUUGACCUCAUGUGUUGGUGAAAAUUAUAAAAAUGGAGUUAAACACAAUAUAAACUUCAAAAAUUUUAAUUGAAUGUCUAUGACCUUGAAAUGCCAGCCAACAGCUGUGGCUUUGCUAAUGAGCAUUGUGAUAGUUAUAACUGGAAAGGAGUUGUUGCAGACUUCCUGUGGUGUUUUUUUUUAAUACCAAAUAGAUCCUUCAAGGGUCUUCCUUUUUUUUUUUUUUUUUUUUUUUUUUUUUUUUUUUGAUAAAUUCUGCAUCUGGCACAGUAUCCAAACCCAUAACCUGGUGAGACAGCUGUGUGUGUCAGACUGCCUUGUAAUAACCAUCAGAAUGUACUAGUAUAGGUGAGAUACUAUUUAUCUUCAGUGAGUAUUUGCUGCCAUUUGAUCAGCUACCAAAACUUACAAGUUUGGGUUGAGGAGCAAAGAAGUUUUUCGAUUACUAAACAUAAUCAGUUUAACUCCAGGUCUGAACAAUGUACCGGUUUGUAACUGUUCAGAGCUAUUCUUCCUGUUUGGGAGAUGGGGAAACUUGCUAUCUUAGUGGAGUACAGCUUGACAGUUUGGUCAGUUAUUGGAGGGGGGAGUGGUAAGCUAUUGGAGGUAAGUUUCCCGAUUUCCCAGUUGGCUCCAGUUGCAGCCUGCCCCAUGCUGGCUGCAGCAGGGACGCCGGCACUGCAGUGGGACCAGUGACAGAAGCUGUUCUUUAGAAUUUUCAGGAUGGCUGUUUUCUGCGUCAGAAUGAGACAGUCCUGCUGGGCAGAGCCAACGCCAAGAGCAAAGGUAAGGUAAUGUUUAUUCAAUGGGAAUGCUUAAGACAGCCGAGCAGCUAGUACCAACUACUACGGUAAUAGUCGCAGGAGUUCCUUUUUCCCUGAUAGCUUGAGUUUUAGUUUUUGUACUGUAACUUUCUUGUUUUGUAAAUAACUUUAUGCUGGAUUCUUGUCAUUAAACUAGUUUGAAUUCAAAUAAUAUGUGUUCAGAUGUAAAUGUUAAUUCUGUGUGACUUUUUUCCCCUCCCUUUUCAAAAUUCUUUAAUCUGCUGUUUCCUCUUUUCUUUCUUCCGGAAAAAAAAAAAAAAAAUGGGGGUAUAAUGUAAGCUGCUCUCUAUUUCAUCACGGGAGAUGCUGAAUCUAUAAAAUAGUGCUGAAAAAUUGCACUAAAAAGUUUUGGGAGGAAUGAGACCCCAGGAAACAUCUGCUAUCUUUAUACAUCCUCUCUUGGAGACUUUCAGCAAUGCUGUGGUGUGCGAGAAAAUGCUUGCAGUCUGCGACCAUGCUGAGUUACAGCUCGUGAGGAAAAAGGGGGAUUUUCACCCCAAUUGCUCAGUGACUCAGUUGCAUAUGUUGGAUUGAAUACUGGAAAAAGAAGUCAGUAAUCUCCUUAGUAACUGCAAACCAACUGUAUGCAGUUGUGGUCCAAACAGUCGAUGUAAAACUAAAUCCAAGUAAGGAGAAAGUUGGAAUGCAAUAGAUCUGUGAAUGUGAGCCCCUCACAUUUGUUCAGGGAUUGGUAUGUAAAUUUUCUCAGUGGCCAUUCUAGAACCUGAUGGACAUCUGGCUUUAAUUCACACCUGUGAAAAAGAAAGAGCAAAAUUAUUUACAGCAUGUUUCCUUGGUUCUGACGUGCAGAAUUACUUUCCUCAGAACAGAUGAAUUUGAUCUCCAUUUUUUUCUGUUAUUUGGUGCUGGGCUAUAGCUAUCAAUACCUUUGCUGAAGUAGUGGGGUUUUGUUUUUUUCCUCUCUCUUCAAACUAUACAGAACUCUUAUUUGCAAAACCUGGUGUAGCCAAGAGGACUUCAAUGGACUAUGAUGUGAAAGGCUUCUCAAAUAUUUUCUUUGGUCUCAGAUUUUUUUUGUUGCUUUUUAUUGUGGGCAAAGGUAAUUCUCUGCUCUGUACUAGCAUAUCAAAAGCACCAGUAUCUUAAAGCAUCAUUUGUUGAAAAGCUCUCUAGGAAAUCUUUUGCUGUCUGUGAAGCCUUACUGUAGGAUACUUUUUAAACCACAUUUCAGAAUUUGUGCAGCCUCAGAAGCCUCCUCUGUUGGCACCUGCAAGUUUGACUUCUUUUGGACUUCAUGAACAAAUACUGUUCUGUUUUUGUAUCUUUACAAUUUUGUGUGUAGUUUCAAAUCUAGUUUAUGUUAGAGGCUAAGACUGACUGUUAGAUAUUAGCCCUUUAUUAUUAUCCUGUAUGUGCAGAUUGUAUGUUUAUACAAUGCUCUACCUGUUGUACAGUGUUUUUGAGAUGUUACCAUUUAAGAUGGCACUUCAUUUCAAAUAAAAGCCUAUUGUUUCGCAGUCAAUAGUAUUUAAUAUCGCUGGUGAUUGUGAGUUGUAUGAUGUUAUAUUGUGCCGUUGGACCACAAAGAGCUGGAGGUGGGAAUCGGUGGUUCUGGGGGCUGUCCUCUUUCUGCAGGUGAUGUUUGAAAUGUGAUUCCUGAGGUAAAAUGUUUAUGUUUUGGGGGGGAGAGGGUAUGGGGAGGGAUUGAAUGGUUAGUUUUUUGUCUUUUUUUUUUCUCCCCUGUCCCCAAUGAUUUGUGGUAUUGCGUACCUUGUGCUUUCUGCUUGUUUUUUUCUUUACUAUUAAACUGCUGAUGUUUAUUUCCAGGAAUGUUUUGCAAAUGUCCUUCUCACUCUUCCCCUCUACAACUGUAGGCGUUCGUUGUGAAACAUCUUUUGGAGUAUACCCAACAGAGUGAGUCCAACCUGCAGUACAGCUUGUUUUUAGUUUUUGGCAUCUUUAUGACGGAAAUAGUGCGAUCUUGGUCCCUUGCACUAACCUGGGCUUUGAAUUACCGCACGGGGGUUAGACUGCGUGGAGCUAUCUUGACAAUGGCGUUUAAGAAAAUUCUUAAGCUGAAGAACAUCAAGGAGAAGUCUCUUGGAGAGCUCAUAAAUGUAUGUUCCAAUGAUGGUCAAAGGAUGUUUGAAGCUGCAGCAGUUGGGAGUUUGUUGGCUGGGGGGCCUAUUGUGGCCAUCUUAGGAAUGGUUUAUAAUGUGAUUAUUCUGGGUCCAACAGGCUUCUUGGGCUCUGCUGUCUUCAUCCUUUUCUACCCAGCAAUGAUGUUUGUAUCACGUCUCACAGCUUAUUUCAGAAGAAAAUGUGUAUCAACAACAGAUGAGCGUGUGCAAAAGAUGAAUGAAGUUCUUAAUUACAUUAAGUUCAUUAAAAUGUAUGCCUGGGUCAAACCAUUUUCUCAGAAUGUUCAAAAAAUUCGUGAGGAAGAACGUAAAAUCUUAGAGCGUGCGGGCUACUUCCAGAGCAUCACUGUGGGUGUGGCUCCCAUAGUUGUAGUCAUUGCCAGCGUGGUGACCUUUUCUGUCCAUAUGAUCCUUGGCUACGAUCUUACAGCAGCUCAGGCAUUCACAGUGGUCACUGUCUUUAAUUCAAUGACUUUUGCUCUAAAAGUAACGCCUUUCUCAGUGAAGUCUCUAUCUGAGGCAUCUGUUUCUGUUGACAGAUUUAAGAGUUUAUUUCUAAUGGAAGAGGUUCAUAUGAUAAAGAAAAAACCAGCCAAUCCUCACACCGCGAUAGAGGUGAAAAAUGCUACCUUGGCUUGGGACUUCUCCCACGCCAGCGUCCAGAGCUCACCAAAGUUGACCCCCAAAGUGAAAAAAGACAAGAAAGUCACCAAGGGCAAGAAAGAGAAAAUGAAGCUGCAGAAUGAGGGACAGCAAGCUGUGCUGGCAGAGCAGAAGGGCCAUCUUCUAGUGGACAAUGAUGACCAUCCUAGCCCUGAAGAGGAGAACAAAAUCAUCCACCUGGUUAACCUUCGGCUUCAGAGGACUCUCUACAACAUUGACUUGGAGAUAGAAAAGGGAAAACUUGUUGGAAUUUGUGGCAGUGUGGGGAGUGGAAAAACUUCACUUAUCUCAGCAAUUUUAGGACAGAUGACUCUGUUGGAGGGUAGCAUUGCAGUAAGUGGAACAUUUGCAUAUGUGGCCCAGCAGGCCUGGAUUCUCAAUGCUACACUUCGGGACAACAUUCUUUUUGGCAAGGAAUAUGAUGAAGAAAGAUACAAUACCGUGUUGAAUGGUUGCUGUCUAAGGCCUGACCUAGCCAUCCUUCCAAAUGGGGACCUGACAGAGAUUGGUGAACGAGGGGCUAACCUGAGUGGAGGACAGCGUCAGAGAAUCAGUCUGGCUCGAGCCCUGUACAGUGACAGGAACAUUUACAUCCUUGAUGAUCCCCUUAGUGCCUUAGAUGCUCAUGUUGGAAAUCACAUUUUUAACAGUGCAAUAAGGAAGCACCUGAAGUCAAAGACUGUCCUUUUCAUCACUCAUCAGCUUCAGUAUCUUGUUGACUGUGAUGAAGUGAUCUUCAUGAAAGAAGGCUGCAUUACUGAGCGAGGAAGUCAUGAGGAACUGAUGAAUUUAAAUGGGGACUAUGCAACUAUUUUUAAUAACCUACAGCUGGGAGAAACACCACAUAUUGAGAUUAAUAUAAAGAAGAACACAAACAGUUCACUGAAAAGACCCCAGGAUAAAAGUACCAAAACAGGGUCUGUGAAGAAGGAGAAAGUUGUAAAGAAGGAAGAGGGUCAGUUGGUCCAGUUGGAAGAGAAAGGCAAAGGCUCUGUCCCCUGGUCUGUUUAUGGUAUCUACAUUCAGGCAGCUGGAGGCCCCUUUGCAUUCCUCAUCAUCAUGGCACUGUUUGUGCUGAAUGUGGGCAGUACAGCUUUUAGCAACUGGUGGCUGAGUUUCUGGAUCAAGCAAGGCAGCGGAAACACCACUGUGACUUUGGGAAAUGAUACUGUCAUAAGCAACAGUAUGAAAGAUAACCCUCACAUGCAUUACUAUGCUGGCAUCUAUGCACUGUCUAUGGCAGUUAUGUUGAUUCUGAAAGCUGUUCGUGGCGUUGUCUUUGUAAAGGGAACUCUCAGAGCAUCCUCAAGACUCCAUGAUGAACUCUUCCGACGGAUUCUGCGUAGCCCCAUGAAGUUCUUUGACACUACACCCACUGGGCGGAUUCUCAACAGGUUUUCCAAAGACAUGGAUGAAGUUGAUGUUCGUUUGCCAUUUCAAGCAGAAAUGUUCAUCCAGAAUGUCAUCCUUGUGUUCUUCUGUGUGGGGGUGAUUUCUGGGGUUUUCCCCUGGUUCCUGGUGGCAGUGGGGCCCCUCAUUGUCCUGUUCACAGUUCUGCAUGUUGUGUCUAGAGUCUUUAUUCGAGAGCUCAAGCGUCUGGACAACAUCACACAGUCUCCAUUCCUGUCUCACAUUACAUCUAGCAUACAGGGUCUCUCCACAAUCCACGCCUACCACAAAGGACAGGAAUUUCUGCACAGGUAUCAGGAGCUCCUAGAUGACAAUCAGGCACCAUUCUACCUGUUCAGCUGUGCAAUGCGCUGGCUAGCUGUACGGCUGGACAUUAUCAGCAUUGCUCUUAUCACAACCACUGGCCUUAUGAUUGUCUUAAUGCAUGGCCAGAUUCCUCCUGCCUAUGCUGGGCUGGCUAUCUCAUAUGCUGUGCAGUUAACAGGGUUAUUCCAGUUUACAGUAAGACUUGCUUCAGAAACAGAAGCUCGCUUCACCUCAGUGGAGAGGAUUGAUCACUAUAUCAAGACACUUUCUCUGGAAGCUCCUGCUCGAAUUAAGAAUAAAACUCCUCCUCUGGACUGGCCACAGGAAGGUGAAGUUGUUUUUGAAAAUGCAGAGAUGCGGUACCGAGAGAACCUGCCUCUAGUACUUAAAAAAGUGUCCUUUACCAUCAAACCGAAAGAAAAGAUUGGCAUUGUGGGAAGGACAGGCUCAGGGAAGUCUUCCCUUGGAAUGGCACUCUUUCGUCUCGUUGAACUGUCUGGAGGCUGCAUUAAAAUUGAUGGAGUGAAAAUAAAUGACAUUGGUUUGGCAGAUCUUCGCAGCAAACUCUCAAUAAUUCCUCAGGAACCUGUGCUAUUCAGUGGCACUGUGAGAUCAAACUUGGAUCCUUUCAAUCAGUACAGUGAGGAACAAAUAUGGGAUGCUUUGGAAAGGACUCACAUGAAGGAGUGUGUUGCCCAGCUACCUAUGAAACUUGAUUCAGAAGUGAUGGAAAAUGGGGAAAACUUUUCAGUUGGAGAGAGACAGUUACUGUGCAUAGCUAGAGCUCUACUACGUCGUUGCAAGAUUUUGAUACUGGAUGAAGCAACAGCUGCUAUGGACACAGAGACAGACUUACUGAUUCAGGAGACUAUCAGAGAGGCAUUUGCAGACUGCACUAUGUUAACAAUUGCUCAUCGCCUGCAUACGGUACUGGGCUCUGAUCGGAUCAUGGUGCUAACACAAGGACAGGUAGUGGAAUUCGACACGCCGUCUGCCCUUCUGGCCAAUGAGAACUCGCGCUUCUAUGCUAUGUUUGCUGCUGCGGAGAACAAGAUCUGGUGGCUGGAUCCAGAACUGACGUAUGGCAAUGCCAAGCCGUUUGUCUUCACGCAGGGCCACUCAGUGUGUAACCGGUCUUUCUUCCCCUGCUUUGACACACCAGCAGUGAAAUGUACCUAUUCGGCUACUGUCAAGGCUCCAGCAGGCAUACAGGUGUUGAUGAGUGCCACCCAAAGUACCUAUUUAGAAGAGGAAGGUGUAUAUCAAUUUUACAUGGAAUAUCCAGUUCCUGCCUACCUAGUGGCCCUGGUGGCAGGAGACCUUAUACAUGCAGACAUAGGUCCAAGGAGCAGAGUGUGGGCAGAGCCUUGCCUGCUGCCAACAGCCAUCAGCAAGCUUUCUGGCAUUGUUGAGCGCUGGUUGACUGCUGCAGAGAGUCUGUAUGGCCCAUAUAUAUGGGGAAGAUACGACAUUGUUUUUCUUCCUCCAUCCUUCCCUAUUGUUGCCAUGGAAAACCCAUGCCUGACCUUCAUCAUCUCUUCCAUUCUGGAGAGCGAUGAGUUUUUGAUCAUUGACGUCAUUCAUGAAGUUGCCCACAGCUGGUUUGGAAACGCAGUCACCAAUGCUACAUGGGAGGAGAUGUGGCUGAGCGAGGGGCUAGCCACAUAUGCACAGCGCCGGAUCACCACCGAGACCUACGGAGCUGCCUUCACAUGUUUGGAGACUGCAUUCCGCCUUGAUGCCCUCCACAGACAGAUGAAGCUCCUUGGAGAAGACAACCCGGUCAGCAAGCUUCAGGUUAAACUGGAGCCAGGUGUAAAUCCUAGUAAUUUAAUGAACCUCUUCACCUAUGAGAAAGGCUACUGCUUUGUUUACUACCUGUCCCAGCUCUGUGGUGACCCAAGACACUUUGACUCUUUCCUAAGAGCCUACAUUGAGAAGUACAAAUUUACCAGCGUUGUGGCUCAAGAUCUUCUGGAUUCUUUCCUGAAUUUUUUUCCAGAGCUGAAAGAGCAAUGUGUUGAGAGCAAAGCAGGACUGGAGUUUGAACGUUGGCUCAAUGCUACAGGACCUCCGUUAGCUGAGCCAGACUUAUCUCAGGGAUCCAGUCUGACCAGACCAGUGGAGAUGCUCUUCAAACUCUGGACCACAGAGCCUCUGGACUCUGUUGCUGCUGCCAGCAGUGUUGACCUCACUAAAUGGAGAACGUUCCAAACCGUGCUUUUCUUGGACAGAUUGCUGGAUGGGUCACCGCUGCCACAUGAGGUGAUAAAAAAGCUUUCGGAAUGUUACUCCUCUCAGCUGGACUCCAUGAAUGCAGAAAUCCGUAUCCGCUGGUUGCAGAUUGUAGUCCGAAAUGACUAUUAUCCAGACCUUUACAAAGUCCGUCGCUUCUUGGAAAACCAGAUGUCUCGGAUGUACACAAUUCCACUUUAUGAGGACCUUUGCACUGGCACCCUCAAGUCUUUUGCCUUAGAAAUUUUUUACCAGACCCAAAACCAGCUGCACCCCAAUUUGCGGAAAACCAUCCAACAGAUCUUAUCACAGGGCUUGAAUCCACUUCCUGCCAUAGACACUACAGCAGUCACUACAGACACACCAGCAAUGGUGCUUGAGGACAAAGUCUCAGAGGCCACAAAUGGUGCCAUUUCACUCAGGGAUGUUAAUGUGUCUGCUUAGAUCACCAGCUCAUGCCAGCCAUGAAGCUUGAAAAUGGGGACAGGAACAGAGGAAGGAUACCAAGUGUUGCCUCCUUGCCCUCAGCCCUGCAGCUGCAGUGUGUUGUUGUAACUGGAUUUCUCUCCCAAAACACAAAGCAAAUGUGCCUUCAAGUAUCCAGCGUGUGACACUGCCAGAUUUCAGAGAUCUCCUUCAGCUGUAGGAUGGAUAUUUUGAUUCUGUUUAUACUGGGCGGGGACUCCUGGGCAGUUGCUUCUCCAUGGAAAGUGGGUAGUUCCCUUUCCUGAGGCUCUUCUGGAUGGUUUCUCCAAGUUUGUUGGUUGAUGGUUUGUUUUGUUUUUUGUUUUUUUUUUUUUUUUUUUUUUUUUUUUUUUUUUUUUUUCCUCUUUUUGUCUGAGGCCACUGAGGCAUGUCCUACUUGCUGUGUGUACGUUGCUGGGGAGUGUAUAUGUGUCAAGCUGCCAUUAUCCUGAUAUUUGGGCUGAAGUUCUGCAAAGGAGUGACUCAGGAAUUGUCAGUGGCAGCAAACAGGUUUUCAUGUUAUGCUCCUUACUGUGACAGAGGUAUUGUGAUUUGGGAGGUAGGGGAACUAAUGCUUAAAUAAUUAAGAAACUAAUUUUAAAUAGCUCCUGUUCCCCCCUGCCCCCAGGUGGCUAAAUAAUAAUAAUGCUUUUUAUAUAUAUAUAUAAAAAAAUAUAUAUAUAAAAAAACAGGGAAACCUUAUGAUGGAUUUGAAAUCCUUCUGUAGUUAACCCUACCCUCAGUUUUCCCUUUGCACUCAAUGGGACAAGCAAUAAAGAAAUGUGUAGGCUCGAAUUUUCAAAAAAGUUAAAUUUAGGUGCCCAAAUGCCAUAAAUUCUGGUACUAGCUGGAUGCCUAAAUCUUUUUAACUGUUUUGACAAGUCUAGCUGCAGCCUUUGUUAGUGUGUUAGGAUGUGUAGCACGUGUGUUUGUUAGAUGCACUGUGUGUCUUCUAUUCUGUCCUUUUGGAAGAAUUAACAGGACCUUUAAUUUAAUUUUUUUAAAGAUCCCUAGCAUAUGUUUGGCCUGUAAGUCAACCAUGGAGAUACCCAUGCUAAAAUUUUACUGCCUUGAAUAAUGUUCGCCUGAAUAACAGUUGUCCUGUCAUACGAUAGUCUGAGGGAAGCACCCUCUUUCUUGAUGUGAAACUUUUAAGCCCCACUUUACCUGAGUCUGUUUUCUGACUUAUGGUGGUGGUAAGAUGCCAUUUCAUUUACACAGCAUGCUAUUUCUCUUGAUCACUGGCCAGGCAUGCAAGAUGGGGAGACUCUCUCUUCCAUCUGUGCUGUUUGGUCUCAGGAAGCUGAGGGCAAAGCAUCGUUGGGUAUUACAGAGUACAGGUGAUGGUUCUUACACUCUGUGCCACAUUCUUUUUAACAUGUGGGUACCUGUGUGCCUCUCAGUGAGCUCCCACGAAGCAUCUCUGAGCUGAUGUAUCACCAGGAUAGAGGACUAGUUUGAAUAAAAGGUGAAACAUUUGUAAGAGGCUCAGCUAAAGGAGAUGUGAGAAAGAAACUUUUAUAUACUUUGGGGCAAAUUUUAGCCCUGCUAUGGGGAUCUACAUAGCACAGAAAGUGGGGAAAUUUGGGAGAUUUUUUUUUUUUUUCACCAAAAGUAUCUGUUUACACCCAUGUGUGGAUGGGGACUUAGGUGCUGUUACUGGAUCUGCAUUUUCUGGCUUUAAAUUAAUUUGGACUUCACCGUAGCCUUAGCCUGGGCUGAACUGGGAUAAAGCAAUAAUAAACUCAGGCCUCUGUAGUGCUUCGUUAGUUUUCAAAAUGGGCCAUCGGCAUUGUUGGGCUUCAGAACUCCAAGCUCUGCUCUUUGCUCCUUGAAUGGGAUUAUCUUUUUUGUUCUGUUUUCCCAGAAAGGAUGGAGAAUGAGGUUUUCUGUACAAAUCUCUUUUUAUUAGUUGUUCUACUGAAAGAGAUUUGUGCAAGCUGACUUCCCGCUUCCUGAGUUACCGCUGUUGGUGCUGUGUCUCCUGGACCCCACUGCCAGCAGCAGCAGCCUGGCCAAGACCAGUAACCACUAGCAUCUUUUGGAAUCCCAGCCCUCCGUUUUAACACGUUUUAUGUUGUGGGACAAUAUAUGUGACCCUGGUGGAAAUUUUUAAUUUACAUGGAUGCCUUAUGAUGAUUGUCAAAUUAAACUAAGCUUUGUGACAA